GCCGNUCCCUCCGCGAGGUCUACAAUGCCGACGAUCUAAACUCGCCGUCGGAUCCGGAUCGGGCCAAUAGCAGCAUGGAACCUUCGUCCAAUUCAUCUCCGCGCGGUUUCUCGCCGUUGAAGUCGAGGCGGAAGCUGUCGAUGUCGGAUACGCCGCCGGAGAUUCUGCAUCUGGUGGAUUCCGCUAUCAUGGGAUCGGCCGAGAGCAUCGAGAUGCUGCGGGGUUUUGUGGCCGAAGCCGGAGACGAGGAUUCGAGAGCGGUGGUUGAUGCUCUGAUUAGUACAAUGGGAGGAGCUGAAGGGCUGGAUGAUGUUUUAGUGGACCCUGUUCCGAAAAUUAUGAAGAAUACGACGGCGGCAGUGAUUGCAGUAGACUUGAUUACUUGGCUGCCUGGAGAAGGGGACUCAGGGACUCACAUGUCGCCGAGGACUAGAAUGGUUAAGGGUUUGCUCACGAUAUUGCGGUCGUGUGCACGUAAUAGGGCAAUGUGCACGGCUUCGGGGUUGCUGAGAAUGCUCCUUGACACUGCAGAGAAGAUGUUUGCGGAAUGUUCUGGUGUGCAAUUAGGUAGGCACUGGGAUUUUACCCCUUUGUGUCAGUGUAUUCAGGUUUUAGCUGGGCAUUCUUUGAGUGUGAUCGAUUUGCAUCAUUGGCUUGGUGUGAUUAAUAGGAGUUUGAUGACUGAUUGGGCGUUACCGCUGGUAGUGACAUUGGAGAAGGCAGUAGGUAGUAAAGAGGCUCGUGGGCCUGCAAAUACCUUUGAAUUUGAUGGAGAGAGGUCGGGUCUAGUUUUCCCUGGGGAGACUCGGUGGCCAUUUCCUAGUGGGUAUGCCUUUGCUACAUGGAUCUAUAUGGAGUCAUUUCAAGAUGCUAUUACUAUGGCCGAGGAUGGAGUUAAAAUGCCUAGACUUUUUAGUUACCUUUUCAGUUUCUUAUCAUCGGAUAAUUAUGGGGUUGAGGCCUACUUCCAUGGCCAGUUCUUGGUGGUGGAGACUGGCGUUGGAAAGGGGAAGAAGGCUUCUAUACACUUCUCUUAUUUGUUUCAGCCGCGAUGCUGGUAUUUUGUAGGGAUAGAACAUGUUUGUAAGCAGGUUUUGUUAGGGAAGGAAGAAAGUGAGUUGAAGUUGUAUGUGGAUGGGAAUUUGCACGAGACUCGGCCAUUUGAAUUUCCAAAGAUAUCGAAGCCAUUGGCAUGCCACUGUAUAGGGACUAACCCACCACCCAAAAUGGCUGGUUUACAGCGCCGGAGGAAGCAAUGUCCUCUGUUUGCUGAGACGGGUCCUGUUUAUAUUUUCAAGGAACCAAUCGGGCAGGAGAGAAUGACACGGUUAGCUUCUAGGGGAGGAGAUACUCUUCCUUCUUUUGUAAAUGGUGCAGGUGUACCAUGGUUGGCAGUGAAUGAACAUGUAAGGACUUUGGCAGAGGAGAGCGCGAAGUUGGAUGCUGAGAUUGGCGGGAGCUUGCACCUACUAUAUCACCCUAAUUUGCUCAGCGGCAGGUCUUGUCCAGAUGCAUCACCUUCUGGUGUAGCAGGGUUACAUCGACCGUCUUCUGAGGUCAUUGGGCAGGUUCAUGUUGCAUUCCGAUUCCGUCCCGCAGAAUCUUUAUGGGCAUUGGCUUAUGGAGGUCCUAUGGUUUUACUUCCAUUGACUGUAAGCAAAGUGCAGAUGGAUAGCCUGGAACCUGUGCUUGGUGAUCUUCAUUUAUCUCUGGCAACUGCUUCACUUUCUGCUCCUAUUUUCAGAAUUAUCUCCAUGGUUAUUCAACACCCUGGAAACGUUGAGGAGCUAUGUCGUACUCAAGCACCUGAGUUGUUGUCAAGGAUUCUGCAUUAUCUUCUUCCAACAAUAUCAAAGUUGCAACUUAAUAAACAAAGUGGUUUAGGUGACGAGGAACUUGUUGCUGCAAUCAUUUCUCUAUGCCAAUCUCAAAAAAAUAAUCAUAUGCUCAAAGUGCAAUUCUUUAGCACAUUGUUGUUGGAUUUGAAGAUCUGGAGCAUGUGCAAUUAUGGUUUACAGAAGAAACUUCUGUCUUCACUGGCAGACAUGGUGUUUACUGAGUCUUCAGCCAUGCGUGAUGCAAAUGCCUUGCAAAUUCUUCUUGAUGGAUGCAGACGAUGCUAUUGGGUUGUUUGUGAAACAGAUUCUGUUGAUACAUUUUCACUUCAUGGAGCAGAAAGGCCUGUGGGUGAAGUGAAUGCCCUGGUAGAUGAGCUGUUGGUGGUUAUUGAGCUUUUAGUAGGAGAAGCAUCCUCUUCAUCAGUGAAUGAUGAUGUUCGUUGUUUGAUUAGCUUUCUAGUUGACUGUCCUCAACCUAAUCAGGUGGCGAGAUUGUUGCACCUAAUUUAUAGGUUGGUAGUUCAGCCUAAUACAUCCCGAGCUCACACAUUUGCUCAGUCAUUCUUAUCCUGUGGGGGUAUAGAAUCACUUCUUUUUCUUUUACAGCAAGAAGCAAAAACUGGUAACCAUAAUAUUCUGGAUGGUUCUUCCCUGGGUGGUGUUAAUAAUGUGCCAAAGAGAAAAUCUGAGUUGGAAGCUACACUUGGGGCAAAAGUCCAGAGCAACAAGUUCGAAUCAUUUGUGGAAAAAGAAUCUAUUUCUGAUGAAAUGAGUUCACAUCCUAAAUCCUUGCAUAAUGAUGAUAGUUCUUUGACAAUUUCCUUGUGUACAGAUAUUGAAAGAAUGACAUCAUCUUCUGAGACUCAACUACUAAAAACUUUGGGUGGCAUAAGUUUCUCUAUAAGUGCUGAUAGUGCUAGGAACAAUGUAUUUAAUAUUGACAACGGUGAUGGAGUCGUCAUUGGGAUAAUCAACCUUUUGGGUGUGCUAGUCAUAUCAGGUCAUCUAACUUUUGCCACGAAUUCUUCAUCUCACCGUCCCCCAAGUAACAUUUGGAGCAGCGUGUUGUUGCAUGAAGAAGGAAGUUCGAUGUUUGAUGACAAAGUUUCUUUGCUACUUUUUUCAUUGCAAAAGGCUUUCCAAGCGGCUCCUCAGAGGCUAUUGACUACUAAUGUCUAUAUGGCUUUGUUGGGUGCAGCGAUAAAUGUUUCUUCAACUGAUGAUGGGUUGAAUUUAUAUGAUUCCGGUCAUCGCUUUGAACAUGUCCAGCUUUUACUGGUCCUGCUUCAUUCACUUCCUUAUGCUUCCACCUCAUUCCAAGCUCGAGCUAUCCAGGAUCUUCUGUUUUUGGCUUGCAGUCAUCCAGAAAACAGAACUAGUCUCACUUGCAUGGCAGAAUGGCCAGAGUGGAUUCUGGAGGUUCUUAUGUCCAAUUAUGAGAUGGGUUCCAGCAAAGAUUUAAAUGGCAUUAGCAUUGGUGAGAUAGAAGAUCUAAUACACAACUUCCUCAUAAUUGUACUCGAGCAUUCAAUGAGACAGAAAGAUGGUUGGAAGGAUGUCGAAGCGACUAUUCAUUGUGCUGAGUGGCUGUCAAUGAUUGGGGGACUGAGUACAGGGGACCAGAGAGUCAGACGUGAAGAAGCACUGCCUAUUUUCAAAAGAAGACUCUUAGGUGGAUUGCUAGAUUUCGCUGCCAGAGAACUUCAGGUUCAGCAGACUGAAGUUAUUGCAGCAGCUGCUGCAGGCGUUGCCGCCGAAGGUUUAUCACCACAAGCUUCGAAAACAGAAGCAGAAAAUGCUGCACAACUUUCUGUGGCUUUGGCUGAGAAUGCAGUUGUCGUACUAAUGCUUGUUGAAGACCAUUUGAGGUUACAGGCACAGCUAUCUCACUCUUCUAAGUCAGCUAGUGGUCUUGAGUCUCCUGCUACUGCAACUUCAACAAAUAUCAGUCGUUCAAAUUCUUUGAGUAGAACUGGCAGUGGUUCAUUUGAUACUUUCGGUUCCAAGAGAUCAUCAAUAUCCAGUGAUACUGGAGGGCUUUCUGUGGAUGUUCUUGCUUCCAUCGCUGAUUCAAAUGGCCAGGUUUCUGCAGCAGUUAUGGAGCGUCUCACAGCUGCUGCUGCAGCAGAGCCUUAUGAAUCUGUUCGUUGUGCCUUUGUAGCUUAUGGUAGUUGCACCUUAGAUCUAGCAGAGGGUUGGAAGUACAGGAGCAAGCUUUGGUAUGGGGUUGGCCUUCCCCCAAAAGCAACUUUUGGUGGUGGGGGAAGUGGUUGGGAACUAUGGAAGUCUGUUCUGGAGAAGGACUCAAAUGGAAACUGGAUUGAACUCCCGUUGGUGAAGAAAUCAGUAACAAUGCUCCAGGCACUGUUGUUAGAUGAAUGUGCAAUUGGUGGCGGACUUAAUGUUGGAUGUGGUUCUGGCACUGGAAUAGGAGGAAUGAGGGCACUGCAUCAUUUGCUGGACAGCGACCAGCCAUUCUUGUGCAUGCUUCGCGUGAUACUUGCUUCAAUGAGGGAGGAUGACAAUGGGGAAGAUGAUAUCUUUAUGAGAAACAUUAGCAUCAAAGAUGGAAUUUCAGAAGGUUUGAGUUAUCAAGCUAGCAACUUGACACAAUCAGAGAACAGUAACCGUUUGUUGAUAAGGAAGCCACGUUCUGCACUUCUUUGGAGUGUGCUUGGACCGCUUCUUAACAUGCCGGUAUCUGAAUCCAAAAGGCAGAGGGUAUUGGUUGCAUCGUGCAUUCUGUAUUCUGAGGUAUGGCAUGCCAUUGGCAGGGAAGGAACACCUCUUAGAAAAAAGUAUGUUGAAACUAUUUUACCGCCAUUUGUUGCCAUCCUAAGGCGAUGGAAACCUCUUUUGGCUGGUAUUCAUGAGCUUACAUCCUCAGAUUAUGAGAAUCCUCUCACUGCCGAUGAUCCUGCUUUGGCAUCAGAUUCGUUACCACUUGAGGCUGCUCUUUCAAUGGUAUCCCCUGGCUGGGCUUCUGCCUUUGCAUCACCUCCUGCUGCAAUGGCAUUAGCAAUGAUUGCUGCAGGUACCGCUGGUGGAGAAACUUUGCCUCCUCCCAGGACUUCACAACUUAGGCGUGACACUUCAUUGCUUGAACGAAAAACAACUCGAUUACAGUUACACACAUUUUCUAGCUUCCAGAAGCCUCUUGAGACACCUAAUAAAACAACACCUAUGCCAAAGGACAAAGCAGCUGCGAAAGCCGCUGCUCUUGCUGCUGCAAGGGAUCUUGAGCGCAAUGCCAAGAUUGGCACCGGAAGAGGACUUAGCGCAGUAGCAAUGGCAACAUCGGCACAAAGGAGGAGUGUAAUGGAUGCAGAUCGUGCAAAGAGAUGGAGUACUUCUGAAGCUAUGGCUUCUGCCUGGACAGAAUGCCUCCAGCCGUUUGAUUCUAAAUCUGUUUCAGGAAGAGACUUGUCUGCAUUAUCUUAUAAAUAUGUUGCUGUCUUGGUCACCAGUUUUGCAUUGGCGAGAAACAUGCAGAGGAUGGAGGUGGAUAGGCGUGCACAACUUGAAGCUUUGAACAGAUACCGUGUAUCCACUGGAACUCGUGCAUGGCGAAAACUUCUUCAUUACUUAAUAGAGAUGAGUGGACUUUUUGGACCCUUAGGAGAAUGCCUAUGCAAUCCCGAGCUUGUUUUCUGGAAGUUAGAUUUUACAGUGAGUUCUUCAAGGAUGAGAAGGUAUUUAAAAAGGAAUUACUUGGGCUAUGAUCAUCUAAAGGCAGCUGACAAUCAUGAAGGGAGAUUACACCUUAAAUCUAGCAAAGAAUCAUUAUUCCAUACAAAUGACCCACAAACUUACCUGAAAACAAGUCUUCCUUCUACUUUGAUUCCGAUUAUAGAAGCUAUCUCUAUAAAUGGCAACAUUGAUGAAGAUGAUGAUGACGAUUUUAAGCAGUUGUCAACGAAUAACGUUGAGCCCAAUAUGAUGGAGAGAAAGAGGCUUUCUUCUACUGCUGAGCCAAUGGAUUCUCGAAACUCUGUCGCUUCCUCUGAUCAGAAUCUGGUCCAUUCUACAUUGAGGUUUGCGCCUGGAUUUGUUCCCAAUGAAGCUGAUGAGAGGAUUGUUCUUGAACUUCCCUCAUUGAUGGUGCGUCCAUUGAGGGUGGUACGAGGAAACUUUCAAAUAACAACAAAGCGAAUAAGUUUCAUAGUUGAUGAACCCAGUAAUGAUAGUUCAAUUGCUGCUGCUCAUAUAAAUGAGCAGGACAAGAGCAGAAGCUGGCUGAUUUCUUCCCUUCAUCAAGUAUAUAGUAGAAGAUAUCUAUUGAGAAGGAGUGCUUUAGAAUUGUUCAUGGAUGACAGGUCGAGCUACUUUUUUGAUUUUGGGAGUACUGAAGGGCGCAAGAAAGCAUAUCAUGCCAUUACUCAUGCAAGGCCACCUCAUUUGGACAGUAUCUACAUGGAAACACAGAGGCCUGAGAAACUCCUUAAAAGAAUUCAACUUAUGGAGCGCUGGGCCAGGUGGGAGAUUAGCAAUUUUGAAUAUCUAAUGGAGCUCAACAUUCUUGCUGGACGCAGUUACAAUGACAUCACACAGUAUCCUGUUUUCCCAUGGAUCUUAGCCGAUUAUUGUUCUAAGACAUUGGAUCUUAAGGAUUCUUCCUCAUACAGGGAUCUUUCAAAGCCGGUUGGUGCACUAAAUCCUGACAGGCUAAAGAAGUUUCUGGAGAGGUACUCCAGUUUUGAAGAUACGACUAUCCCCAAGUUUCAUUAUGAUUCACAUUAUUCUAGCGCUGCAACGGCCCUUUAUUACCUUGGUAGGUUGGACCCAUUUACUACUCUUUCUAUUGAACUACAAGGUGGCAAGUUUAACCAUGCCGAUCAUACGUUAUCGGAUAUCGGCAGUACCUGGAGAAGUGUUCUUGAAAACGUAAAUGAUGUGAAAGAACUGGUUCCGGAGAUGUUUUAUCUUCCUGAAAUUCUAACUACUGAAAAGUCAACUAAUCUUGGUGCAGCUCAACUUGGAGCAGAGCUGGAUUCUAUCAAACUUCCUCCUUGGGCUGACAACUCUGUGGAUUUUAUUCAUAAGCAUCGUAUGGCUCUUGAGAGCGAGCAUGUAUCAGGCCAUUUGCAUGAGUGGAUCGACCUCAUUUUUGGUUACAAACAGCGUGGUAAGGAAGCCAUCUUGUCCAAUAAUGUUUUCCUUAACAUAACAUACGAAGGGAUGGUUGACAUUGAUAAGAUAUCUGAUCCAGUACAAAAACAUGCCAUACAAGAUCAGAUCCCUUUCCUUGGACAGACACCCACCCAGCUACUGACAGCACCACACUUGAAAAGAAUACCUUUGGCAGAUGCCUUGCACCUGCAGACUAUAUUUUACAAUCCCAGCAAAGUUAAACCUUACGCUGUUCCAAGUCCAGAGCACUGUAAUGUGCCUGCUGCUGCUAUUUCUGCAUCAGAAGACUCCAUCAUAGUUGUAGAUUUAAAUGCACCUGCUGCAAACAUUGCAAUGCACAAAUGGCUGCCAAAUACUCCUGAUGGACAGGGAACACCUUUCAUGUUUCAUCAUGGGAGAUCAGCUGCAGGUUCCACCAGCGGAGCCUUUCUACGCAUGUUUAAAGGAUCAGGUUCUGCUUCAGAAGAGUGGCAAUUCCCCCGGGCUUUAGCAUUUGCUGCAUCUAGUAUUCGAAGUUCAGCUGUUGUCGCUGUUAUUUGUAACAAAGAAAUCAUCACUGGUGGGCAUGCUGACAACUCUGUAAAGUUGAUCUCAUCAGAUGGAGCAAAAACCAUUGAAACCGCAGCAGGACAUUGUGCACCUGUCACCUGUCUUGCUAUCUCCCCAGACAGUAGCUAUCUAGUUACAGGGUCUCGUGACACAACAGUAAUACUUUGGAGAAUACGAAGUUCUCCUUCACAUUCAAAUACCGCUUCAGAAACUCCAACCAGUGCACAUACAACACCCAGAAGUCCUCUUACAGCUCGAAAUAGCACAAACAUUACUUCAGAAGCUAAUAGUCGGAGUCGAAGGAUUCAAGGCCCUAUGUAUGUACUUAGAGGCCAUCAUAAGGAGGUGGUCUGUUGCUGUGUUAGUUCUGAUCUAGGGCUUAUUGCUUCAUGCUCAAAUACUACUGGUGUUCUAUUACAUUCUUUGAAUAGAGGACGGCUAAUAAGGAGGAUAAAUGUUGAGAAUGUCCAUGCAAUAUGCCUUUCACCUCAGGGAAUUGUCUUGGUUUGGAAUGAGUUGGAGAGUAAAUUUAGCACCUUCACUGUAAAUGGGAUACCCAUUCAGACCCAAACUUUAUUGCCCUUCUCAGGAACUAUCAACUGCAUUCAAAUUUCCAAUGAUGGAGAGAAUGCUUUGCUAGGUACCUGCUCUUCUAGAGAUGAUAAUUCCAGAGAAUAUGGUCAAUCAGAAGUAAGAAGUCCUGGUUCUCAAGAACUUGGUUCAUCACUCUCAAAUGAAGGCAGUGAAACACAAAUACCGGUUCCCUCUAUUCUCUUCCUCAAUCUGCACACUCUGAAGGUAUUCCAUUCUUUGGCUCUCAGACGUGGUCAAGAUGUCACCGCUCUAUCCCUAACCAAGGAUAAUAUGAGCAUUAUAGUCUCCACAGCGGAUAAACAGCUGAUUGUGUUCACUGAUCCUGACCUGUGCAGAAAGGUAGGAGAACAAAUUACCGAGAAGAGAGGAGGUGGGACUCCAAGCAAGAAAUAGUGUUAGAUAGGGGUAGAAUUAUUUGGGUAGAAGAUUUUUUGAUAGGGUUAUAUGAAGAAGGCUACAUUUGUUUUGUACACCAGCUGGGAAAUUGCCCCAUUUGUAAAUCAUAUUCCCCUAGAGCAUUGAAAAGGUAGACAAGUGAGAGGAGAGAUAAAGGUAUGUUUUACAUUCAUUUUUUAAUAUAGAAUAAAAAAGAGGAAGAAAAAAGAAGAGCAAAUUUUGGGAGGCAGCCUUCUUUCUCCAAAAGGAUUACAUUUUCCUUUUCUUGUUUUGAAUAUAUACAAUUUUAACUCCGGCCCUCUUUUUAUUGUCUUUCUUACGAGUUAAGCAUUUUGUCUCUUCAGGGACAGUGAGUAGAAAAAUUUAAAGUGUCAUUGAGGGAUGUUAUAGCUGAUUGUCUUCACAUACGUACUCUUGUUUGGUGGUUUCAGGAAUAUGUUGUAUUUUGA